CGUACGACAUCACGUGACUUGAUUUGAUUUGACGUUGGCAUCAUGGCGGAAGCAGUUGUAGAAACCUCAUUCAUGGAUCCUUUCAAAGAUAUUCUGGUUAAUUAUUUAAUGCCAGAAAAAUGUUAUGACGAGUUAUUUUUACAGUUCAAUCUUCUGCACGUGGAUUGUCUGAAGAUUGUAAUCAGCAAAGGCCUGGGCAUUGGGAUCAUUCUUGGUUCUGUAUUAGUAAAACUACCUCAGAUUCUAAAGUUGAUUGGUGCCAGAAGUGCUGAGGGACUGAGUUUUAACUCUGUGCUACUGGAGCUGUUUGCUAUCACAGGCACCAUGGCCUACAGUAUUGCCAACAGCUUUCCUUUCAGUUCCUGGGGUGAGGCACUUUUCCUCAUGAUUCAAACUGUGACCAUUGGUUUCCUCAUACAGCACUAUGGAGGAAACACCAUCAAAGGUUUGGGGUUUCUGGCAGUCUACUUUGGUCUGUUGGGAGUCCUAUUCUCUCCUGUGACACCAUUGUCUGUUGUUACUACCAUGCAAGCCUCUAAUAUGCCAGCCAUUAUCUUUGGACGGUUAAUUCAGGCUGGUACCAACUACAGAAAUGGCCACACUGGACAGCUGUCAGCUAUUUCAGUGUUUCUGCUGUUUGCAGGCUCCUUAGCACGCAUAUUCACUACAGUGCAGGAAACGGGAGAUUCCCUCAUGGCUGUCACCUACAUCAUCUCUUCUUUCUGUAAUGGUGUGAUCGCAGCUCAAGUCCUCUACUACUGGAACAGCAGCCCUGCCCUCAGGAAGAAGACUGAGUAGUCCGAACAACAGGCAAAUUCAGUGACCACUCAGGUUGACAAAGUGCACUGGACAGCCGAUUAGGGAAUUAGAUGUAUUCUAAUCAAAAUGACGGUUCUUGUGAAAUUGACUUACUUGCCCUCAAGCCAAAUUCUGGGCUACCAUCCACUCCCAUUAUACAGCUUGGAAGAGCCAGGAUGUUUUUUUUAA